AUGGCGUCCCGAACUACCGACACAGAAGAGACCAAGUUCCCACCUCCAACCAUCUCCAGCAUUACCGAAUCACUUUCCUUUCUCGGCCUCAGCCCGGAGACGCUGGCGAUGAGUCUUGGUGAAUCCCUCGCUGAACGAUACCUCGCUACUCUGAGACCGAAGCCCAUAGAACGGCCGGCACUCAGCUGUGUACCGCGGCGUCUUCCGACCAACGAAGCUUCGAACAUGCAGCUGUUCUCCAAUGACUUCAUUAACUAUCUCAACCAAAUCGCUUAA